UUUGUAAACAAACAACUCGGUUUGAAUUUCGGCGUUCUCAGGUGCUCAAUUAAUAAAUCGAAAUGCCUCCCAAACGGAGGAGCGUAAAGACCAAAUCUAAGGACGAGGAAGAGCCUACAGAAAUGAUUUUGCCUGAUGGAGAAACGGAGGCCGAGGCCGAAGCCGAAGUGGCGGCCGCCGUAGACCAUUUGCUGUUCACGCCGGAGAAGGAAGCAGUGGAGGAAGUGGCUUCGUCUGCUCAGCCGGUAUCGAUGGCGAGUCUGUCGAUGGCCCGUUCUCGGCUCACCACCCUGCUUAGCAAGAUUCACCGCGAGGAAGCGGACCACGAGACUGCCAGGAGCAGUCCCCUCGCCGACAUUCACGCCGGGGACGACGCUGAUGGACGCGAUUCGCCUAGCUUCAAGAUAAAGAGCGAAUCUGUGGCCGUGCCGAGCAAGAAGCGGCGACGGCGCGAGGUGCUGGAAACCGGAGGGCCGCACCAUUCGUACGUGAUGAAGCUGUUCGACCGCAGCGUCGACCUGGCGCAGUUCAACGAGAAAACCGCCCUCUACCCCGUUUGCAGAGCCUGGAUGGCCAACAGGCCCAGACACGUUCCCAAGCCAAUUCCGCCAGACAGCGAUGAAGAGUAUGAUUAUCUCGAGUUGGGCAGUGAAGAGUUGGGAAGCAUUGUCCGCAAAAUGCCACCCGCUGAAGCCAAGACAGAGGCGCACAACCGUGUUCCCCACAAGCUGCCGGUCAAAUCGAAUAAUGACACAAUUGUCAAGCAGCUUCUUGACACUUGCCUUCAGGAGGACUGCGACGAAUCCCUCCUCGAGGAGCACAAACAGCACUGGCGCCAAGUAAAGAGAGACUGGGUGCAGGCGGCAUUUAACAACGAGACGCGUUACGGCAAGAGCAUCAAGAUGAUCGAAGACAUUUACAAGCGCGCCCAGGAGCUGUACUCUUAAUUCUAAAAAUAAAUGUAAAUUCGUGUGUAAAAUAAAAUUAAAAGAAAAGACUUUGGUACUAAA